CGGCAUUCGGAGUGGUGAUCUGACCUGAACCAAGAGCCCAAUUUUGGCCCGUGUAAAACGAACCACUUGGAUAAGCUGAAAAUCUACCCAGGGGUUUGCGUGUUUUUGAGUUUGCUGGAGAAGAAAACUCAUUCAGCCAAGCGAGAGCUUACCUUCACUUUCAAAGAUUAACUCGUUCUCCAGACUUUGGACUACAAAGCAGUGACACCUCAUUGGGAAGAGCUGUUAGAGGGAAUGCCUGCCUGAUUGCAAAACCAGCCGCAGGACAGCUGAAGUGUUCUGGCUGGGACUUAGGCCUCCCUUUCCAUCAAGGAACGGCCACCGGAACGACCGUUUCCUACACGGCCAACAAAGACAGUUCCAGAAAGCGGCCUUGGUUGAGCUGGGACCACGUCCCUGCUGUGGGAAAACCGCCACCCUUCCGACGCUGUCAUACCUGCAAAGAUAGUUCAGCCAACUGGCCAGGCUGUUGGGCCACCUCUAGUGGCCUCCCGGGCUUGGGACCAGAGAACUGGUCUCCCAAGGCGGAGAACAGAUUCUCAUUCUUUUUGCUUACCGAUCUUUAAUGGGGGCAUCCUCUCCCUCCCCCCUCCCAUGGUUUUGCCAGUGAGAAUGACCAGGCACGUCCUGUGCCCAUGAUGGAAAUAGACAGGCGACUGGAAAAGAAACUGAAGAUCAGCCAAAAAGAAAGGAAAUCCAAGUCCCCACCCAAAGUGCCGAUCGUAAUUCAGGACGACAGUCUUCCCUCGGGGCCCCCUCCGCAGAUUCGGAUCCUGAAGCGGCCCACCAGCAACGGGGUGCUGACCAACCCCAACUCUGCCAGCCGGCCUGCCAUCCCGGUGAAGACCCUGGCCCAGAGGGAGGCCGAAUACGCAGAGGCCAGGAAGCGGAUCCUGGGCAGCGCCAGUCCGGAAGAGGAGCAAGAAAAACCUAUCCUUGACAGGCCCACAAGGAUCUCCCAGCCAGAAGACCCCAGGCCGCCCAGCAAUGUAAUCAGGCAGCCACUGGGCCCCGACGGUUCGCAGGGCUUCAAGCAACGCAGAUAGGCUUGGCCGGCCGACCAGCCAGUAUGAAAGCAGGGUGCUCCCCCCUCUCCUCAGCAGACCAAUGGACCUGAGCCACAGGGGUGGGACUUGCCCCAAGCGUCCCCUUGGCUCCUUGCCUCGUGUGACCCUCAGCCCAGGCACUGGGACUCCUGCUGCGCCUGCCCCGUAGACUUGACAUGCCAAGGAGGGCGUGCCGAGGGAGGCACAGGCGGUGGGGCAGGUUUCUCCUCCGGGGGAACCGGGUUGCUGCAACGCGCCGCCUGCUGAAGCGGGGGCUCCUCCCUCCCCUCGCAAAGGAAUGACUUCUCCCGUUGGCGUCUCCCUCUGGCAUUGGAAGUAGCAGGGUGGCGUGGCGGGGGAGAAGCGGCUCUGCUUUUCGACAUGCGCAUGUCGGGGUGUGUUGCCUUUGGAGCAAGGUGCAAACGGGGUGGGUGGGCGGAAGGUGUGCGCAAAAAAUGGUGUGAUCCUUUGCUUUGGGGAACGGGAUGGCUCUGGAGCCUUCACGCAUGGGAAGAAGAAGAAGAAAAGGGGGUGUGUUAGCUGUUUAACUUGUUUAAUCUCUGAGAAACGGUAGUCUCUAGUGUUGAGAAAGGAGGGGAGGCGGGGAGAAAGGUGGCGGCGGGUGACCUCUUCCCCUUCCUGCUUACUGCCGCUUGGAACGAGCAGAGGAAGGCGUGUCGUGGCGGCAGCCGUCUUCCCACAAAGGCCAGCUCCGCUGCUUCGCGAGCCCAACAGAGACCCCAGUGCCUCUGCCUCUGCGGGCCGAGUAUGGGCGGAAGGGAUUGCCCUGCCCUCCCGGUCUUCACCAGCACUCCCUUUGCCUCUUGGUGCUGCUUCCGAUCAAAGAUGGGGGGGAGGGCUGCUUUUCGCCACUAGGACUCUUGCGCUAGGAAUAGAGUAGGUUCCUGUCUCCCCAUCACGCCCUGCUGGGUCCUCAUGAGGAUGCAGGCAGCGGGCCCAAGUGUUGCUUGUGCUGGCCAGCUGGAGGGCCCCGAGCAGUAAGGCGUUUGGUCCUGUUGGUUCUUGGUCAAUCUGCCAUUGGGAAGGCAAAGAAGUUGGGGGGUAGCAAGGUCUAGAAAUCUGGAAAAGGCCGGAGAUCAGAUUUCCUUCCCUCUCGAAAUGGGGUGGGGGGGUCACCAAAGUCUUAAUCACAGGUCUAGGCGCCAUUUUCAAGAUGGCCUCCGGAGGAGAACGGAUUUACAGUGAUGGGAGGGAUCACUCUGUGGCUUGCGCCCCCCCCCCCCCAAGCAAUACUCUUUUUAGCUUUUUUCCAGUUGGUCAGACAAAAAAAAACACUGGAGGGAAGGGGGCUGGUUUAAGAGACCCUGCCCAAAGAUGUCAAGUGUCCGGACCAGCUGGGGCUUCACUCCCUAGCAGCCAUAUUGAGGGGGCGGGCGGAGGUGGAGAGCCUUCCCCCCUCCCCACACCACUUCCAGGUGCCUGGGCUAGCUCGCUUCACUGUGUUUCCCAAGUCUGCCUUUCGGUUUUGCUGCCUGGUGUAGAAAGGGACACCUCGGAGUUUGGGGAGGGGGGUCUGUCAAGGGGGGGGGGAAUUCCCACCCUUAAAAAUCCUCUUUCCCGCUGGGAGAGGAGGGAAUGCCUCCGGCUGUCGUGCAAGAAGAGGGUGUUAAGUGUGUCUAUAUAUGUGUGUGGGGCAGGGGGGGGUUUGGGGGUGCCGGAACAGGUGUCUCUUUGUACAUCAACACAGGAUGUUGUAUCACAACACGGCAAAAGGAGUAACCAGUCAAAAGAGUAAU